AUGGUUUUGAUUCUAAGAAGUAAAGAAAAUGCCAAGAAAAUGUUAACAGGAAUGGCUGAUCUUUACACUCACAUCAACUUGAAGACGAAACUCUUCGAUCCAAAGCUAAAAAUGAUCACCGGUCCUUUAGCUCGAUUUCAUUUUGAUGGGAAGCUUGAAUGUCCCCGAAGAGCGUUUCAAUUACCGACAAUAAAGGGAUGCGGUCUCGGUUACCAAUCAUGUGAUGCUCCUUCUGCGAUUUGUCAUCAAAAACCGAGAAACUUGGCAGCAACAAGUUUGACGGAUGUUCAAUUCUGUGUAAAAGAGCUUUGCGAUUUAACCGUUUUGGAAAGAAGAGAAACGUUGGAUGGAGUCUGGGAUGAAUUGAACGCGUUGACGAACGAAUAUCUAUCAAAUCAAGAGCCGCUAUUGGUGAUCUCCGGCUGCACACACGAGAUGGAAGGUGAGUCGGGAAAUGUUUGUUAU